ACCAAAUCUUCCAUUGAAUACACACAGAGAAAGCUCUGGAUCUUCAAUGGCGCGAACAAGAAAUUCCAAGAGUUCAUCAUUCAUCUCUCUGAACCCAUCAUUUUUCAUUCAUUUGUUCUCACUACCUCCAUUCAAUUCCCUCCAUAACUACUCACCCAGAAAGAACUCAAGAAUCACCCAAACAUCCCCAUUUCUCUCUUUCUGUUUCAUCUCUCUGCUCAUUACCCUAACUUUCUUUGCGAUUUUGUUGAUCACAUUCACAACCUUUUUCCAAAAUCCACUCUCGUGCACCGGUACUUCUUCUUCAUCAUCUCCUCUGUUUUUAGCCUCUGUUUUUGCUGUGGCAUCAUCAAGAUCAGGCUCUGUUCAAGAUGAGCAAAUUACUCUGUCUACCGGAGCAAUGGUGCCCUUACCGGCUCAUGGGGUGGUCGGAAACUUUUCUGAGGAGGAGGAAGAGUUCUGGAAGCAACCUGAUAAUCAGGGGUACAUGCCUUGUUUGGAUUUCAGUUUAAAGUACCGAAAAGCCUCUGCAAAGAUUUCGAAAGAGAAGAGGAAAUUUUUGGUUGUUGUGGCUUCUGGAGGAUUGAACCAACAAAGAAACCAGAUUGUUGAUGCAGUUGUUAUAGCAAGAAUUCUUGAAGCUACUCUUGUUGUUCCUGUUCUUCAAGUGAAUCACAUUUGGGGAGAUGAUAGUGAAUUUUCGGAUAUUUUUGAUGUUGAGCAUUUCAAGAAGACUCUGAUAGCUGAUGUUAGAAUCGUGGCGUCUUUGCCAUCGACACAUUUUGUUUCUAAGCAGACCAUCAACCGUGAUCUUCCUUUUCAUGUAUCGCCACUUUGGCUUAGAGCCAGAUUUCUCAAGCAACUAAACCAAGAAGGUCUACUUAUAUUGAAAGGAUUAGAUUCUAAGCUCUCCAAGAAUCUUCCACCUGACUUGCAGAAGCUCAAAUGCAAGGUUGCAUUCCAUGCACUAAGAUUUGCAACUCCAAUUAGGGAGCUAGGUUAUCAGAUAGCUAGAAGAAUGUGGAUUGAGGGUCCUUAUGUCGCGAUCCAUCUCAGGUUAGAGAAGGAUGUGUGGAUCAGAACCGGAUGUCUUACCGGUUUAGGCAGGCAAUAUGACAGUAUUAUAAGUAGAGAAAGGGACUCUCACCCUGAAUAUCUCACUGGCAAGUUGAACAUGACUCAUGCACAACGGCGACUUGCUGGAAUGUGUCCCUUAAAUGCAUCAGAAAUGGCUAGAUUUCUGAAGGGGUUAGGAGCACCAAUCAGCGCUCGUAUAUAUGUUGCUGGAGGAGAACCCUUUGGAGGCACACAAGCUAUGCAGCCUCUGAAAAAUGAGUUCCCAAAUUUAUUGACAAAGCAUACAUUGGCGCGAAAUGGAGAGCUCACUCCAUACUUGGAAAAGUCUUCUACGUUAGCAGCCAUCGACUACAUUGUGUCUCUGAGCAGUGAUGUUUUCAUCAAUUCCCAUGGAGGUAACAUGGGCCGAGCUCUCGAGGGACAUAGAGCAUAUGUAGGACACAGAAAGUACAUAAAGCCAAACAAGAGAAUGAUGCUGCCAUUCUUUGAAGAUUCAUCUGUAUCUGAGCAAGAAUUCAAAAGGAUAAUGAAGAAACUGCAUAGGAAAAGUCAGGGGCAGCCUGAGUCAAGGGCUAAAAAGAUUGAUAGAGAUGUAAUUGCAUAUCCUGUACCUGAGUGCAUGUGUAAACAAUAAUAGACACUGUUCUAACAAGUUAAACAGUUUUUGUAUGCAAAUAUUCAUACCAUAAUGAGUUUGUUUCAUAGUUG